AUGACUAAAAACGGCGGAUCAAAAACUGAAGGAGGAAACACAAGCGGAGAGAAGAACGAGAUGGCGAAGAUUACGAGUGGAGAGAAGAAAGACAUGGGACCAAUUUAUCAGUUGGCCGCCAAUGAAAAUCCAGGAGCUAUGAUUGCACAAGUGCAAUUCAAUGGAGACAACUUUGAUGAAUGGGCUCAAGCAAUGAGAACAGCGUUGCGAGUCAAGAAGAAAUACGGAUUUGUUGAUGGAUCUAUACCGAAACCAGAUGAAAACAGUGCAGAGUUCGAAGAUUGGACUUCGGCGAGUUCUAUGGUGGCACUUUGGAUCCUUAAUACCAUUGAGCCAAAGGUGAGGCGAACUCUGGCCAACAAAGAAGAUCCAACAGAGCUCUGGCAAGAAAUCAAGGAUCGAUUCUCCGAGGGAAACGGUCCGAGAAUUCAAGAGAUCAAAACAGAGCUUGCUAACCUUCGACAAGGAGGUAUGACGGUGAUUGAUUACUACGGAAAACUACAGAUGCUAUGGGAUGAUCUGAUGAACUAUGAGCCGACGCUCACAUGCAAGUGUGGAAAAUGCACCUGCAAUCUGAACCUGCAAAUCGAGAAGAAAAAAAGAGGAUGA